AUGGCGACCGAGCUGGAGGAUCUCGUUGAGCACAUGAGACGGUUCGCGUGGCCAGAUUACCUGGUGUUCGUGUCGAUGCUGUUCCUGUGCAUCCUGAUCGGCGUGUAUUUUGGGUUCGUGCAGCGCAAGCCCAACACCGAGGCCGAAUAUCUGAUGGGUGGCCGCACGAUGCUAGUGUUCCCGAUCGCGCUUUCGCUCAUUGCCAGCUUCAUCUCCGGUAUCACGCUGCUCGGGCUUCCGACGGAAGUGUACUCGUUCGGCAUUCAGUACGUGUACGUGGCGCUCGGCGUGACGCUGAUGGGGCUCGUGAUGGGAUACAUCUAUCUGCCCGUUUUCCACCGGCUCAACAUCACGUCGACCUACGAGUACCUGGAAACCCGCUUCGAUCGUCGGCUACGCAUGUUCGGAUCGAUCAUGUUCACCAUUAUGAAUAUUGGUUACCUACCGAUCGUUAUCUACGUUCCUGCGUUGGCAUUCAAUCAAGUGACGGGCGUCAACAUUCACGUCAUCACACCCAUCGUGUGCGUCGUGUGCGUGUUCUACACCUGUGUGGGUGGACUGAAGGCCGUCGUGUGGACGGACGUCGUGCAGACAUUUUCCAUGUUCGGAGCGCUGGUGCUGGUGGCCGUCAAGGGUACCGUUGAUCUCGGUGGCUCGAGUGUGGUGUUCAGCAGGGCAUGGGACACUGGACGCUUGGAACGGCCCAAUUUUGACUUCAAUCCUACCACACGGCACACGCUCUGGUCGCAGCUGAUCGGAGGCUUCGUGUACUGGCUGCAAACGAAUGCCGUCAGCCAGAACAUGAUCCAGCGGUAUCUGUCGCUCCCGUCGGUUGCGGCCGGACGACGCGCCCUCUGGAUCUUUGUGUUCGGCGUUUGCCUGCUGAUGUCGCUGUGCAGCUACUGUGGGCUGCUCAUCUACGCCACCUACCAGCAGUGUGAUCCACUGACGACGAAGCUCGCCCGGGCCAAGGACCAACUGUUGCCGCUAUUUGUGAUGGACAUUCUCCGGGACAUGCCCGGCCUUCCGGGGCUGUUCGUGGCGGGUGUGUUCAGUGCGGCGCUCAGUUCACUGUCCACCUGCCUCAACUCGAUGUCGGCAGUCAUACUGGAGGACUUUGUGAAACCGUUCGUCCGCAAGCCCCUGUCGCAGCGAUCGAUCAACUGGAUCAUGCGCUCGGUUGUGGUGGGCGUUGGGGCGCUCUGUGCCGCUCUCGUGUUCGUAGUGGAAAAGAUGGGCACCGUCUUGCAGCUGACGAUGAGCCUGGAAGCGAUCACGAAUGGGCCACUGCUGGGUACCUUCACGAUAGGGAUUCUCAUCCCGUGGGUCGGUUCCGGGUGUGCCCUUACCGGAGGUAUUGUCGGCGUGGCGUUCAUGUCGUGGUUGAGCCUGAAGGCACAGUACUGGGUCGCCACCGGUACGAUCGUGUUUCCCCACAAACCGAUGUCUGUCGACGGGUGUUCCUACGACUUCGACCGAUCGCUAAUCAACGCCACCAGCACGAGCCUUUACACCACCGACGACAUCUUUCCGUUGUUCCGUGUGUCCUACAUGUGGUAUACAUUCCUCGGUGCAGCCGUCACCAUCUUCGUGUCGCUGCUCAGCACGAUGCUCAUCUACGGGCGCAUCGAUCCGAAAACCGUUUCGCCCGAUCUGCUGGCCGGUUUCGUGAGCCGAUACGUUCAUGGAGCGGACGUCGCCAACCGGCGACGACCCCACGCCGCGUCCGGUGGUACCAGUACCAAUGGGAAAACAAACAUGCAUGAAUCAGCAUUAUAGUAGUAAGGAGGUUGGAGGACAAUC